CGCUAUCGCACUGUCAAGAUGGCUCCGCUCUCGUGUGUAGUUUCAUUUGGUAGAUUUCUUGAUCUGGCAGAGUUGUUUCUCUGCGAAUUACAAUUUGGUCUUACAGUGAAAAAUUAAUAGGAGACAUUACAUGGGCGCGACAGUUAAUUGGAUUGCUGGGCCGUGAGUCAUUCGCUGUUGACAUAGCGAAAAUGUUCCCAUCGCGACCAUGUGCUCGCAUGUGCUCCGCUCUCGUCCGGAGAAGCCGGUUUACUUUCGAGCCGAACCCAGCACCAUACUCCGCGCCUCAACGAUUUUUCAUAGCGACGGCUGCAGAGGCGGUACGCGAAACUCAUCGCUCUCCGACCGCUGAUGUUAGUGGCCAGAGUGCGGCGCCCCCAAAGACCGGUGUGGAAAAGCGAAGAGCUGGUAGCCUCGUGGCAACUCUAUUCCAAAACACUAGCCGGGAGUUUCCGAUCUUCGAAGGCCACGACCCGGACACGUUCGGUACGCUGUCGGGCGAUGCAGCUUCUCGACUUGGAGCCGAACUUUUGCCCGACGAUGACGACGACGAUCCCGCAGAGUACACGAAACUCAAGCGCGUGUCGGACAAGUUGUACGAGAACGACAUCAAAAAGCUGGUGCUCGACAGAAAGAUCAAGGAGGCGCUCAACUUAUUUUUCGAAAAACAGAAGGUGUAUGAAGUGAAGCCAACGCACGUCAUGUUCACGUUGCUCAUUGGUGGCUGUGGCCGAGUUGGGUACACCAAGAUGGCUUUCAAACUGUACAAAAUGAUGCGUGAUCGUGGCCUAGAGCCAACGCCAGCUACUCUGACGGGACUGUUCAAUUCGUGUGCGGAGAGUCCUUAUCCCGAAAUGGGUCUAGAGAAAGCUCGCAACCUUUAUGAGCAGAUCAAGUUGAAAAACUGGGUUCCCAGCAACCUCACCUACCAUGCCAUGAUCAAGGCAUUUGGAAAGUGUGGAGACCUUGACAUGGCCUUUAGGGUGAUGGAUGAAAUGGCCAAUGCCAAGCAUGCGAUCACCACUGAGACCUUUGCAUUUCUUUUGAUGGCCUGCAUCACCGACAAGGAAGCUGGAUUUUCACUGGCACUUAAAGUGAUGCGGACCAUGCUAUGGAAGAAGAUCCGACCCUCGGUCUACUGCUAUAACCUUUUCUUGCGCACGGUCCGUGAAUGUGGUGUUGGACCCCCAGAGAUGUUUCAGGAGCUGUUGCUAGAAUCUCUCCAAUCUGGCAAAGCCAAACGGAUCAGCGAGAAAAAUGGCAACGCUAAGGCCGACAGUAUGCUUCGCAUAGAGGCACGCCUGCCUGAUGACGCAAGUGAAGGCCCCACUGAAGCUGCUACGUUCGAUCAAACAGAAAAGGAUGCCUCAAGACGAGUUUUUGAGGCCAGAGAAGUGGAGGAGUCACCGUCUGGUAGCUUUGGAAACACAACAACCUCAACAAGCCUGACCACCUUGCCGAACCUGCUCUCGCCCAGCUUCAAGCACACUGGUGAAAUUGUUGGACUCGGAGAGGUUACUGAACCUUACCACAGGCUCCUCAUGAUUGGUGGAGUGAAGGGGAUGAUGGACCACUUUCGAGACAUGUCAGUGCGUCCAGACGCCAAGACCAUCACGCUGCUGCUAGACUGCAUUCCAAACAACUAUGAUGCUGAGGCAGAGCUGAUUGCUGAAGCCGACAAGAUUGGUGCCAAGUUGGACGUCGAUUUCUUCAACAUGCUCAUCAAGCGCAGGGCUUUUCGCCGGGAAAAGGAAACGGCCAAGGAUGUGUUGUCCAUGAUAACAGCUCGCAGUCUCUACCCUGAUGUGGUCACUUUCGGCGUCCUCGCACUGACUGUGCACACCAAGAAGGAGGGAAGCGAGUUCCUCGAGACAAUGCAGGAAGCUGGCCUGACAGUGAAUGAGGAGACCUGGGGCACGCUGGUGUGCAAUGCCUGCUUCAAGGGCAACUUCUGGUUUCUGCUGGACCUGAUGGGCUACGCAAAGCGUGAGAACAUCCUGGUGAAUGCAGCUGCACUCCGGGCUAUCAGCAAGGCCACCGACAGGACCAGGAGGGCACUGCUCAGGAAGGAGAGGGGAAAGGAAGUGAACUUCUUGAAUCCAGCUAUGGAGAGUGGCUUCCGGCAAUUCUGCCUGACGUACGAACAGUGGCUCAAGGAGGUGCGAGUGGACCAACCCCGACAUCCGUGGGAGCAGUACGAGCCGGAAAACCUUAGGAAGUCGGCCACCGAGUUAAAAGCUGCAGCAAUGGCCCUUGCAACAAAGCAGACGUGACAUGUUCAAUGCAACAUUUAGGGCCAAGUGCUACGCUCGCUCCAUAUUGUGUUGAUGUGGGCGUUCUGCGAACAAUUAGUGAGGCUCGUGAAAUUGUCUGCAUUGUCACUGAAGCCCUUUUCAUUUGGACAUAUGUCCUCGACAAGAGGUCGCCAUCAAAUGACUUUACUAAAAAUCAAAAGAAGGGGAGCUCCUGCACUCCUUUUGCUGGUUACACUAUUUUGUGCCCACAACGUGGAGGUGUACUGCUCUUCAAAGUGUAGAAUGCUGGUGUAACUUGAUCUCUUUGCAACUUGCAGCUUCUAGUAAACUGCUUGGCCUGUAGUUCAACGUUGCUCUCAUGAUAGAGCUGGGCAAUUAAACUGAAAUAUUUGUCAUGUUCUUGUGCUCUGUGCAAGACAUUUGCUUACUUGCAUGGUUACUAAUAAAAAUAAUAUCCCUGGAA